AUGAACAUACUUUUUUUUUAUUUAUUAGGUUUAUUAUACCUUAUAGAUAAUACUAUAUUUUGUAAUAAAAAUAAAGAUGAACUUCGUAAUAUAGAAAAAAAUAAUCAUUUAGUUGGUUUAUUUUCAUUAAAUGAUGAACAUAAAGAUAUUUUAUCUGAAAUUAAUAAUAAUUUAUGCCACAAGCUAAACAGAAGAGAAACAAUCACAAAAGAAGAAUUAGUAAGUACUUUAAAUUUAUUAAAUGAGAAAUAUAAGAAUGUUAUCAAUGCUUCUGAAAAAGAAAAGUAUGAAAAAUUAAUUUCUCAAAUUGAAGACGUAUUAAAAAAAUAUGAUUUAACUUUCGAAGAUGGUGAAGCAAAAAAAAAAAAAAAAUUAAAUAAAAAUACUCUUUUAUUAAAGAUAGAGAAUUCUUUGUAUAAAAAAGAUCUUGCUAAUUUUAAGAAAGUUAGUGAUCUUAUUAAGUCAAGAAAUAUUUAUUUACAACAUAAUUAUAGAAUAUGUGAUUCUUCUAAUGAAAAGCUAUUGUUAAGCACUCCUAGAAAACUACAUGCAACAGAUUAUAGUGUGAAAAAUAUAAAUCUUCCAUUAUCCUUCAGAAUUACAAAUCAAAUAAAUACUCCAGAAUCCUUUUGUUCAAAUGCAUCUUGUGUUCCAUUUCAAUACAACAAGCCAGUUAAGCUAUAUAAACCUUUACUUGAUUUUAAUUUAGAACAAUUAGAAGAGGACUUCAAGUCUCAGUUGAAGGAUUAUGAAGAAUCGAAAAAAGAAAAUUCCUUUUUAAUACAGGAUAAUAAUAAAUUAAAAAGAGUUUUAUUAAAUUUACCUUCUAGUAAAAUGCCCAAAGCUCAAUCCAACGAUGAAUUAAAAAAAACAGUUGAAGUAGGAAAUAGAAUUCUUACUUAUGAAGUUAAUAAAAAAUUAAGAGGAGAAUCGGAUGAUUAUGCACUUUGUAGCCUAAAUAAUGAUGUAAUACACGUUACUGCAAAAAAAAUUAAAAAGAUUAUACAAAUUCCCCAAAAACAAUUGAGGCAAAACAUAUACCCAAAGAAAUUUAAUAAUAAUGUUGUAAUUAAAAAUAUGACUCCAACAAAAAUAAAAAAGGAUUCUUUUAGAGAAAAAAAAGCAGAAAAAAACGGGGAAGUUAGCAAAGAUUAUUAUAUAUUUAUAAAAGAAAACAUAAAGAAACAACCUAAAUCUUUUACAAAAUUACAUAAUAUCCCAAUUAAAAAAAAAACAGUAAUUAAACCAGUAACAAAUAAUAAAUUUGUAAAAAAAAUAAUAAUCAAAAAAGUUAUACAAGAAGUACCUGUUGUUAAAGAAACAAUAAAAGAAGUGCAACUUCAACCCAAAAAACCUAAUGUUCAAAAAUUUACACAAUAUCCUCAAAAUAAAUGUGGUUAUAAUUUUUAUGCUAUUCCUUUGAUUCAGUUUUAUCAUCCAAGUGACAGUAUGCAUUGCUUAUCAUGUUCUCAGUAUGAAGAAAAUUUAACUUGCGAUUGUGCUUUGAAUGAAAAUUUUAUUAAAUUCAAUUAUGAUCAAAAUUGCUUGAUGUGUAUACCUACUAGAGUCAUUAAUCAUUGCUUCUGUAAUAUGAAUAAUUUAGUACCUUCAACAGGAAAAUGCAUCAAACAAGAACCAGGCACUGUGAUACAAAUAUUCAAUAAUACAUGUCCAAACAAUGAUCAUACUUGUAAUUGUACAUCAAAAAAAAAAAAAAAAAAAAAUGUUUUUUCAGUAUCUUCACAAGGUAUUUCAAGCAAUAAUAGUAAGUUAAGAACAGCAUAUAUGCAGAAUUAUAAUCCCCGAAUGAUUGGUUUUUAUGAUCAGAAAAUAUCAAAAUUUACUUCAGAAAAUACUCAGGAAAAUAAUGAUGAGAAAAAUAAUGAUAUGAAACAUAAUAAUGUUGAAGAAAAUAAUGAAGAAGAAGAAGAAGAAGAAAAAGAAAAAGAAGAGGAAGAGGAAGAGGAAGAGGAAGAAGAAGAAGAAAAAGAAAAAGAAGAAGAAGAAGAAGAAAAAGAAGAAGAAGAAGAAGAAGAAAAAGAAGAAGAAGAAAAAGAAAAAGAAAAAGAAGAAGAAGAAGAAGAAGAAGAAGAAAAAGAAGAAAAAGAAGAAGAAGAAGAAGAAGAAGAAGAAAAAGAAGAAGAAAAAGAAGAAGAAGAAGAAGAAGAAGAGGAAGAGGAAGAAGAAGAAAAUGAUAUAGAUAAUGAUGAAAAUAAUGGUGUGAAAGGUAAAAAUAUAAAUUAUAACAAUGUAUUUUAUAAUAGAAGACAUUCAAAUAAAAAUUUUGCAAUAAGUAGAAACGAUCACGACAGAAAAGUGAAAAAUGAAGUUAGUAAUGAUUUAAGAGAGGACUUAGAAGGAUCUCUAGAUGAAAAGCAUGAAAUUGAGGAUGAAUAUUCCUUAGACACAACUGAUAACGAUUUCAUAUCGUUUAACGAAUCAUAUAAAUAUAAUAAAACUAAACAGAAUUUAAAAAAAAUAUAUUAUAAUACAAUUUAUGGAAAAAAAAAUCACCUUAAUUACAAUAAAAACGAAGGAAUUGUACUAAAAUUAAGACUCAUAUAUAAAACUGGAUUUUUUUCAGAUACAAAAAAAGAAGUAAAUGCAUAUUUAAAAACAUCUAGAAGAGAUAUUAAAUCUAAUAAACAAAAAAUACUUUACCUAAUUAGAAAAUUAUUUAGUAAAACAUUUAAAGACAUAAUUUAUAAAAUAGAUGCAUCAAGGGUACAUAUGUUUCCUAUAAUUAAGAGUUCAAAAAUUCAAGGCUAUGAUUUAUAUUUUGGUAAAAUAAAGAGUAAAUAUGCAGCAUCUUUAAAUAUAUUUAGUCGUUCUGUUUUUGAUUUAGUAAAUAAUUCAGUUUAUUUUAUUAGCUCUGACGGAGACUAUAUCUUGUUAGAAGAUCUAAUAAAAAAAGUACAUAAUAAAAAGCAAAAGGAUAAUUUUAAUCUUACUGCAUAUGUGAAGAAAUAUUAUUAUUAUAUGAAUAAAAAACAAAGAAAUGAUACAGUACACACUAAUGAUGAAACAGAUAAUGAUCAAAAAAUUGAUUUAUUUGACAAUAAAUUUGCACAAGAAGAAACUAAAAGAAAGCAUCUUAAUGUUGAAGAAAGUAAAAUCGAGGACAAUGCAAUCCUAAAUACCUCAGAUGUAUUAAAUGUUUUAUCUGAAUAUGAAGAUGUAUUAUCAAAAGAAGAUAUAAAAUUGAUCACUGAGAAUAAUAAAAAUGUAACAAUUCAUAAAAAAAAUAUUAAUGGAGAUGAAAUAACAGAAAUAACAAUCAAAAAAGAUGAAACCAUUUUAGAAAAUGAGUGUAUUGAAGAAAAUAUUGAUGGAUAUGAAUCAAUAACUAUUGAAGGAAAUGAAAAUGUUGAAAAUGUUAAUGAAACAGUAAAAAAUUAUAUAGAUAAAUAUCUCAAUAUACAUAAUAUGCCAAUAUAUUACGUUGAAAACUCUAAGAUAUCUAAAAAUGCAAUUUACAUAACAUCUGAUGUACGUAGCUGUUUGAAUAUGCUUAAAAUGAGCAUUUUAGGUAUAUGUGAUAUUACUGAUAGACCUGCUGAUGAGUUCAAAUUUUGUUUAGUUGAUAAAAAAACUAAAUUUUAUAAUCCUAACGAAUGCUUUGAUGUACCAAAAUCCAUAAAGAAUGUCCAAGAAUUAUAUAAUUAUAACAAAUAUUUAGAUAUGAAAAUAUUAAUUGUUCCUUUGCAUAUGAAAGAUAUUAAUAUAAUACCUAAGAGUUUUGAUUAUUUAUAUGGAUCAAAUGAAGAAAAUCGUCCCCAAAAAGUUUAUGAAGAAAAUGAUGAAGAAAAUUUAGUUAAAAGAAAAACAAAAAUUAAAGGAGAUGCAGCAUAUUCACUUAAAAAUAAGUUAAAUGAUAAUUUAAAAGUAUCAGGGGAAUCAUUAGAAUCAUAUGAAGGAGGUGUUAAGAAAAAUGAUGAUAUAUUUACCAAAUAUAAUAUUGAAGAAGUUAUAGAAUAUGAAAAUAAAGAAAUAACUGUUUUUGAAGAUGAAGAACUUUAUAAAAAAAAAAUCUUUUAUGAUUGUUUCGAAUUAUACAUAGACAAUCCCAAAAAAAAAAUUGAUAUAUUAAAUGCUCCUAUAUUAAAAGCAUAUACUUUUGAAUUAUUUAUUACUGAUAUUAUGAAUAAAUUAAUGCAUGUUCCUUCUAUUUUUACUAGUCCACAUACAUACAAGAAAGGUUUGAGUUUAAAAGAUACUUAUUUGUAUUUUGAAUAUUUUUCUUUUAACAAAAAUACAAAUGUUAUUUAUCCAUUAACAUUUGAAAAAAAUAUUCCAUUAUACGAAGUACUAAAAGAACUUAAAACAAGAAACGAAGACAUAAUGAUUAAAAAUAAAGUUAUCGAAGAAGAUUUAAGUUUUGAUAAUUUGAGAGAUAUGAUAAUCCCGUCAAAAAUUAAUAUGAUUAAUUCAAGAUCCAUACACUUUGAAAUACCAAUAUUUUAUUUAGAUGAGUAUUCUAAUUUUUAUCAAGAUAGAAUUAUUUUAAGGAACGUUCCGGAGAUUUUUACUGUAAAAGAUUUGGUUAGUUCUAUAAAAAAUUUAUUAAAUGAAAUAUUAAUUUCAUUUAACCUUAAUCUAUUAGAAGAUAUAAAGCUAUACACUAUGAAAAAUAACAAAUGGAAAAAUGUAUUAGAAAAUACAUCAGUGCAUGACUUAAAAAUAAAUAAUCAAGAUAUAUUUACUUUAUUAACUAACAAGAAUUUUUUAACUAAAAAUGAUUUUCAAAUAUUAUCUAAUAUAGCAAUUGAUUUUGUAGAUAAUAAUAUAUAUACUAAAAAAUUAGAUAUAUAUAUAGAAUAUCAUCUCAAUCCUUAUACUUUAUACAAUGUACCUAUAAAUAUGUCUUCUAAUAACUUUAAAUAUUUAUUUUUAAGUUAUAUAGAUGCAGUUUUAUCAGAAUCAUUUUUAGACGAAUUUUUUUUUACUUACAACAAAAGAAAUGUAGUUGGAUCCAAUGCUGAAUUAAAAGGUUCUGAAAAUGUAGAAGAUAAAGAUAUACAUAUAUAUGAAGGAGUUGAUAGUAUAGAAAAUGAAAACAUAUCAUUUAUAUAUUUAUUAAAUAUGAUAAGCAAAUUUUAUAAAGUUAAAUUAAAUUCAUCUAGAAUGGUUAGUAGUGUAAUUACGGAUUUAUGCGAACUAUGUGGAAAGAGCUCUAACGAACAUGUUCUACUUAAAGAAAAGAAAUCAUCAAAAAAUAAAAUAAAUAUUGAAUUAGCUUUGGACAAUAGUUCUAACAAAAUAUUGGUUAAAAAUGUACCUUUAAAUAUGUUAGUAUGGAAAUUUAUAAAUAUUUUAAUGAAAGGUUCAUUUAAUAUUCCCAUUGAAGAUAAAGACAAAUUAUACAACUUAUUUACGAUAGUUCCUGAUGUUAAAAAUAAUUCAAAAUAUUAUGAACAUUUUUUUACAUCUCAUCCCGGAUAUACUAUUCAAGAUACACUAAAAAUAAUCCCGAAAGAUAAUUUAGUUUUAAUAAAAGCAUAUCCAGAAACACUAAAUCACAUUAGAGAUAGUGAAUAUUUUAAUGAUUAUUCAAAUUUUAGACUUGAUUCGUUACCAUCUAUCAUAGACUUUAAUAAUCCUAAUAUAUGCAUAAGUUUCUAUGUUAAUUAUAAUGAUGAAAAUAAAAUUACUUAUAUAAAAAAUGUUCCUGCGAACACACCCACAGAUGCUGUAUUUAAGUCAAUUCUUUUAAAUUUUUACUCUUAUUGGAGUAAACUAGAUGAAGUAAAAAAAAUAAAAUAUGCUCUCUUUAGCAAUAAUAAAGAAAUAGAAAAUGCUGUAGAAUAUUUAAAUUUUGAAGAAACCCCAAAAUUUCAUACAUUUUUAGCUUUAAGAGAAAACUUUGAUAACGAAAAUUCUAUAAUAGAACAUAUUGAUUUACAUGAUAAGUAUGAAUUGGAAUCAAGAAAAGUUUCAAAAGAAAGAUUAGAAGAAGCAGAAUUUUAUGAUUCUCUUUUAAGAGAAAUUCUUGUAACCAAUUAUAUUGAUUAUACUAAUAUUAAACUAAAUGGGUAUAAGAUUGCUGUUUAUGUGUAUAAUGGAAUUUCUUAUAAGCCAACAAUCAUUCACAAUGUACCAUUAAAUGCUACUAAUAAAGAUAUAAUUAGCUUUUUAUUAAAGAAAUCAAACCAUGUUAAUAUUAAAAACCUUAUAGACCAAUUCCUUUUACUAAAUGAAGAAUUGUUUAAUUCAUUAAAACUUAAAUCAAUUACACAAAAUGUAGUGUUCUUAAAGGAGUUGAUACAAUUCAACAAUUUAGAUAAAUCUAAAUUGUAUUUGGUACAUAGAACCAUAUUUAAUCCUUUAGAUAAUUUAUUCCAAAACAUAGCUGAAAAAAUUUACGAUUUUCAAUCUGAAAUAGUAUCAGCCUUUACUGUGGAAGAAGGGAAAGGAACACUGAGUAUAAAUGUAAAUAUAAAUGACAAAAUAUAUAUUUUAAAGGUUUUAAAUAUACCUUAUAACAUGUAUAUAAUUCAAUUCCUAAGAUAUGCUAUUGGAUAUCAAAGACAAUGGAUAUACAAAUUUGUUAAUUUCUAUAUAAUAAAAGGUGAUGAAAAAUUUGUAUUAAAUGAUAAUUCUGAUAGUAUAAUAUAUGGUAGAACAGUUAGUGAAAUAUUUAAAAUAUGCAAAUCAAGUGAUAACUGUACCUUGCACAUUGAUAUAUUUUAUAAAAAUCAAGAAAAUUAUGAAAUAUCCCCAUAUAAUAAUAUGCAUGAAAAUAAGGAUAACACUUAUAGUUUUGUAAACUUCGAUGAUUACCAAAUGAAAAAUAUUGUAUUAAAUGAAUUGACUAAAAAGAUGAAUGAAGAUGAAAUUCAUAAUAAAAAAAUAGAUUUAUCUGCAUUAUGUUUUGAGUACAACGUUGGUAUGUACAAAAAAACUAUUUUUGGUUCCUCAAGAAUUUGCAAUAUUCCUAGAAAAUAUACAGUAGACGAUGUACUAAAAUAUGUCAAAAACAAAUUAUUAGAAGAUGCGAAAAUUAAAAUUGUUAAAGAUCUACAAUUAAUGGUUAUUGUUAAUGAUAAAUAUGUGCCUGUUCCUAGGAAUAUGGAUAUUGGUUAUGUAAUUCAUUAUUUUUUUAACAAUGUACCAUCAAUCAUUUAUGAUAUAGAUGAUGGACUGCUUAAUAUUGUUCACUUAACCUUACAUAAAACAAUUAUAGAUAUAAAAAAUAAUACAUUUAUCAAGAAGGAUAUGCAAAUGUACCUGAAAAAAGGUAAUAAUAUAGAAAAUAUUAAUAUAAAGAAUAUUCCAAUUAACUUUACAGAAGAUGAUUUAAUAACUUAUUUAUUAAAAUAUUUAACAAAAAGUUCAGAAGUCAUAAACUUCAUGAGAGAUAAUACUUCCAUAUGUAUAUACCCUCGAUGUGAUCCUAUAUAUAUUCAUUAUGAGAAAAAACAAAUAGCAUUUACACCUUCCUUAGAAUAUCAUAAUGCCUUAAAAAAUAUAUAUUACCUAACAACAGUAGAAGCUUAUGAAAAUUUUUAUGCUAAAUUAGGUCACAACGAGUUUAAUUUUGCAAAAUCCGAUGAUUUUAAUAAUAUAAAUAAUAUUAGAAGAAAUGAAGUUGUAAGCAUUGAUAUAAAUAUCCAUUUACCUAAUAUUUAUAAAACUGUUCGUGUAAAAAAUCUAAAUAUAAAUGUAACAAUAGAAGAUUUAUUAUCAAAAAUAUUUACUUUUAUUACAACAAGAAAGUAUAAAUGGAAUGAAUUAUUUACAUUUGUUGGAAGCACUUCAAAAAAUAAUAUACUUAAGAAAGUAAAGAAAAACGAAGAAUCUCAGUUAUUCAAAGAUUGUUUGAAUGAAGAAGAAAACUUAACAUUUAUUUAUACAUCUCACGAUAAUGAGAUACAUGACUACUUUAUAUCUAAAUUGGCUUAUUUGCCAACAUUAAUAAAUUAUCAAACUAAUUAUGUAACUUUAUAUAGUACUAUAAGUGGAUUUGAAAACAAUAGCACAAUUUUACAUGCCUUUCCUGAUUAUUUAACCUCCAAAACUAUGCUUACAAUAUUACAAUAUAAUUUUUUUAAGUUAAUAGGUAAAACUUAUUUAAAUGUUUUUGGUUGUUCUUAUGACGACAAUUUAAAUGUUACAUCUAAAAAUGAUGCUUUAAUGGGAGAAAGAAAUGAUGAUUUAGUAAAAACAAUGAAAGUUGAUGAAUGUGAACAGCAAAUGAAAUUUAUUUUAAGGGUAAACAAAAAUGAAAAAAGAGAAAUAUAUACAGUAAAAGAUUUAGUUAAUACUGAUCUAAAUAUAGACUGUCAAGCAUUAAAAAAUGAUGAAGAUAUGGAAGAAUGCCUUGACUUUCUUUCUUCUCUAAAUAAUUCCUCUAUAUUUUGGAGAAAUGGCAUAUUAGGUUUUAUGGCUAACUCCAUUAUAAUACGUGAUACCUAUAAUAAUAGUUUAGUAUUAUCAAAUGCAGAUUUUCACAUAAAUGAAAAAAUAUUAUUGCAAAAUGUAUUAUAUGACAUUAAUUUAUCACCAUAUUUAUAUAAAUUAUUUGAAUUAUCUCAUAUUGAUAAAAAGUGUAGCAGUUAUAUAAAACUUUUAAAAAAUAGUGUACCACAUAUUCAAUGUUUAUUAUCAUAUGGUUUUAACAUAUAUUUUGAUUUACAUUAUGAUAGCAAUUUAGAAACUUACGAUGGAUUUAAGAUAGGAAAUGAUUCUUUGGGUGUAACUCAAAUACAUUCUUUCCCAAAUUUACAUGAACAUCAUUUUGUAGAGUUAACUUUACAUAACGAUGAUGGAACUUAUAUCACCAUAAAAAAUGUUUACAGAGAUAUGACAGUUGGUACCUUUUUAAAUGAUUUAUCUAAAGCAAGGUUUCAUAUUCAUGGAUUAAGAUAUAAUGAAACUUCUAUUUUUUAUAAACUUGUAUACUUAGUAAAUGAAGACAUAUAUGAUAUAUCUACUGAAGAUUCAAUAGCAAAAGUACAUGAUAUAGUAUUAAAAUUUUCAAAAUCUAAUAUUAUUUUAAAAAUUGUUAAAAACGAUGAUGUAAAAUCGUCCUUUCCAAAUAUGUAUUUAAGUCCAUAUCCUUCAGUAAUUGAUUUAAGCCAAAAUAAUUUUCAGGUUUCCAUAUUCUUACCUUCAAGACAAAUACUUCAUAAUGAUUUAUUAAAAAUGCCAGUUGUUCCAAACAUUACUAUUAAUAAUGUUCCAUCCACUACUAUUGUUUCUUCCUUAAAGGAACUUAUACAGCCUUUAAUUAAAGAAUUCUUUGAAACAAAGAAAAUUUCAGAAGAUUUAAAUAUUGACUCCUCUAGGUUUGAUAUAGAAUUUUUGGUAAUUAAUUUUAAUCCCUUCACAAAAGUAACUCAUAAAAUUAAUUCGAAUAUAUUAAGUAAUUUAUCAGUUAGUAACUUUUAUAACAUUUAUAUUAAUGGAGGUUUAGUACUUCAAAUAGAUCGCCUAAAAGAAGUUAAUGAUCAUUUAUAUUUUGAAUUUAUAAAUCACUUUUCAAAAGUAAUAAUUGAUUUUUCUGAUCAUAAAAUUUAUAUGAAAUAA